AAUCCUCCAUCUUUUUUUCCUCCAUCAUCAUUUUCCACAACACACACAUCACAAGAUCAUUUUCCUCUCCAUUCCAACCCCAACCCUCCUCCUCCUCUCCUCCAAUGGCCGAUCAGCUCACCGACGAACAGAUCUCGGAGUUCAAGGAGGCCUUCAGCCUCUUCGACAAGGAUGGCGAUGGUUGUAUUACCACCAAGGAACUUGGGACUGUGAUGCGGUCACUUGGGCAGAACCCAACUGAGGCUGAGCUGCAGGACAUGAUCAACGAGGUUGAUGCUGAUGGGAAUGGCACCAUUGAUUUCCCCGAAUUCCUCAACCUGAUGGCCCGCAAGAUGAAGGACACUGACUCCGAGGAAGAGCUCAAGGAAGCUUUCCGCGUGUUUGACAAGGAUCAGAACGGUUUCAUCUCUGCAGCUGAGCUCCGCCAUGUCAUGACCAACCUUGGUGAGAAGCUGACAGACGAAGAAGUUGAUGAGAUGAUCCGCGAGGCUGAUGUUGAUGGUGACGGGCAGAUCAACUACGAGGAGUUUGUCAAAGUCAUGAUGGCUAAGUGAGGACCAAUCCACAACACCAACAUUUGAAAAGCACAUGAACAGAAAAAGGGACAGGGCAGAUAAGUCUUGAAGACAAUUCUAUUUUCAUUAGGACAUCUUCAUUUGGGGUCAUUAGUUUUUGUUGGAAGUUUGUUUGCUUUAUUGGUACUGCUCCUUACUCUUCUGCUUGUUUGCUCUGUCCCUUUGUUUUAGUAGUUUGGAUUAGCUGUGUCUCACCAUGCAUUUGUACUUCACUUUUCAUCUUUAUUGGGUUACUAUUGCCAUGAACCUGGAACAAUUGGUUGCAACCUGUGCUUUUACAUGUGGGUGACUCUAAUACUGUUAAUACCAUCUAUGCUAUAUUAUUAUUAUUUCUGUGAAA